AUAGUUUAUUCCAUGAUGGAAUUCACGACUGUCACUGCUGUCGAAAGAACUGGUACACACGUAACCUCAAAAUCUCACCGAAAACAAAUAGUUCUUUUCUAGCGUUCAUUGCCUGCCUCGUGUAAGGAUCACGUAGUUUUUGUGGUAAGUAAUUUAAUAUUCUCAGUUUAACAACGAAUUAUUAUUUUUAUUUAACAAUUUGUAUAUAUCGCUUACGUUCAAGUCAAUUUAUUGCGAAUGAAAUUUUUGAAAACUAAAUUUUUAAAGGUACUGUUACUCGAUGCUCGUAUCGUUAACGUGCCACGAAUGUUUCUCCUUUUUCUUUUUUAAUUUCUAAAUUUUCUUUGGCCGAAUUAAUGAUACAGUACUAAAUUGCUCUAGAAAUCAAUAAAUAUCAAAGUUUUGAUAUAUUUUUCUUUGUUAUCGGUUCUCAACACUCCAUACGAACAUUGUUAACAUUGUCUUCUUUAUGAUUUCAGCAAAAAACGGCACAAUGGGUAAAAUUAUGAAAUCUGGUAAAAUCGUGCUCGUGCUAUCUGGUAGAUAUGCCGGCAGAAAAGCUGUUAUAAUGAAGACCUACGAUGAAGGUACAUCGGAAAGACAGUAUGGCCAUGCAUUAGUGGCUGGUAUAGAUCGUUAUCCUCGGAAAGUUACUAAACGCAUGUCACAGGAAAAAUUGAAAAAGCGAUCCAAAAUCAAACCUUUCCUGAAAGUAAGAAUAUAUAAUAUUAUGUUAUACAAAUUUAUUUGUUAUUUAGGUUAUUUAUUGAUCAAAAGUUAAAACUAGUUAGGACAGCAACAAGUUUUGUUGUUGUCAUUGAGAAUAACACAUUUUCAACUGUUAAUAUGUACCUGUGAAAUAAGUUCAAUUUUAAUUUACUUUAAGCAAUAUUUAUAGGUAUGGUGAUAGUUAUUUCUUAUAAUCCGAUAGGUUUUUGAGUACAAUUUGUUUUUGCUUCUUGUGUACCUACAUGGCAUUAAUAUAUUGUUUUACCAUCAACUUAUUAGAUCUAUCAAGUUUAAAUGUAUAUUAAUUUAAUUAGGUAAUAUCUUUACAAUUCCACUAUAAUUAAAUUAAAUUUAAUGGAAUUGGGUUUAUAUUUGGGCAACAAUUUGUGUGUGUGUGUGUGUGUAAUUUAAAUUAUCACUUAAUAUCUAUUUUAAAAUAUAUAAUCCUUAAUUAUAUACAAAUAAUAUUUCCAAGAAGUACUUACUUAAAACAUUAAUUAAAAUUUGUUUGAUGUUUUGUUAUGAUGAGUGUACUUUUUGCUGUGCCUAGUAAAAUUAUUACCUGGUACCUAAAGGUACGGUUUCUAAGGCGUGACACUCGCCAUCCAAUUUUUAGUAUGUAAUUUCUGUUGACUGGUUUCCAAGUGCAUCACCUUUUUCUCUCUGUUCAGAUUGUGUUAUGAUUAAUAAAUCAUCGUCCUUUCUUGCUCUUCCUCAAGAUGAAGCCACAUUAUUUUAUUGUUAAUAAUUGUAUUUAUACUCAUAGUAAGUAUAAAAUUUAACUUGAAAACACUAGCCCUCACUGCACGAAAACUACAAUGAUACUAAAUACAGAUACAGUAUUUGACCUUUUUUUUCUACGUCACCGAAAACUGGUCUCGGCGACCAGUCGCACCUAGAAAACCGUACCUUAAAAUAUAUAAAUAAGCAUUUUAUUGGUAUAUUUAAUGGAAAUCGCUAUUAAUAUCUGAUCAACUUUUAACAGUGGUUGGAAGUAAUGUGUUGUUUGUAGCAACGCUCCUCUAGCCUGCUACCUUUUUUAUAGCAAUAUUGGUACCAUACAGCUUUAUUUUGGUAUAUAUCGCAAUAACACGUCAUAUUUCAAAAAAAAAUAGCACACAAUUCGUUUUUCUAAGUGCUAUGUUUACUAAAAUAAAAUUUUGAAUUUAAUUAAAUAUUAUGUCAUUUUUAUUUUAAUCUAUAGUAAAAUGUUUAACUACAGUUUCUUUUUCUCUUAACAAAAACAUAAAAUGUAAAUAAAUUGUUAUCUUUAAAGAUUAAUAUUUAGGGUACAUUUUAUAAGAUAGACAAUAAAUAUAAAGUUUCUUUUUAUUGUUUCAAGAGAAUAGUGAGCUAAAUAAAAUAAAAAUCUAAUUUUAUAACACCCUGCAGGGUUAUGAUUGUAGGGAACUUUUUUUUUUUUUAUGAAAUGUAGCAAUAAGCAUUGGCAGAAAUUGGAGGGAGGUUGUGGGAGUCUAUAAAUUGUAUAUAUCAUUUAAACAGAGAUAUUAGUCCCCUCCAAUUAAUUAGUAAUUUGAGGAAGACUAAUUUCUUUAUUUUGAGCAAGCAUAGACCCCCUUAAACCUUACCAGAUUUUCCGCCAUUGAUGAUAAUGGUUAGUUUGAGAUGCGCUUGAAUUCUUAAAAUGAUGACUUUAUAAAGACAAGCAUAUGGCUGACAUAUGUAAUGGAGAUAAAUAUUAACAUCUGAUUAGAAUUUAGCAUUGGCAAAAAAAAAUGUUACACUUUUGAUAUCUAAAAUUUAAUUUGAUACUUCACCAAACUAAUUCAAUUUGCCUAAAAUGUCUAGAUAUAUUUGACUUAAUUUUUAAUGAUGACUUAAUAUAGACAAGCAUAUGACUGACAUAUGUAAUGGAGAUAAUUUUUAAUAUCUGAUUUAAAUUAUAUAAAAAUCAUAUAAAAAAAAAAACUUGAUGUUUUGUUAUCUAAAAUUUAAUUUGAUACUUUACCAAACUAAUUCAACUUGCCUAAAAUGUCUCGAUAUAUUUUACUUAAUUCUUAAUGAUGACUUAAUAUAGACAAGCAUAUGACUGACAUGUGUAAUGGAGAUAACUAUUAAUAUCUGAUUAGAGUUUAACAAAAUAUAUGUUUAUACUAAAAAUGAUAAAAAGUUGUAUAUUUUUAAAAUGUAAGUUAAUUAUUUACCAAACUAAUUUAACUCUGCUAAAUAUAAAUUAUGCAUGUUGGACUAAAUUCUUUAUGAUGACUAUUUAGACAAGCAUAUAACUGACAUAAUAUGUAAUGGAGAUAUCUAGUAAUAUCUGAUUAGAAUAUAACAUUUAAGAAAAAUAAUUAUAGGUAAUAAAAAUCAUUUGAAGUUUAUUAAUUUAAAAUAUACUAAAUGUGACCAAUGUAUCAUAAUUAAAAUUAUAAGUAUGUUAACUUAUUUUAUUAUUUAUUACAAGCUGUUGGUCAAAGCUUCAUCGGGUAGGAUACAGUAGUAUGUAAAAUACAGAAUGUAAUUUUAUAUUUGUUAAUUAAAUUCUUAAUGAUGACUUUAUAGACAAGCAUAUGACUGACACGUCUAGUGAAGAUAACUACUGAUAUCUGAUUAGAAUUUAUCAUACAUUAUGUAUUUUUUUUUUUGUAUUAAUAGAUGUUAUUAGCCACUAAUUAAGUUAUAUAUUUAACUAAAUUCCUAAUGAUGACUUUAUAUAGACAAGCAUAUGACUGACAUAUGUAAUGGAGAUAACUAUUAAUAUCUGAUUAGAGUUUAACAAAAUAUAUGUUUAUACUAAAAAUGGUAAAAAGUUAUAUAUAUUUUUAAAAUGUAAGUUAAUUAUUUACCAAACUAAUUUAACUCUGCUAAAUAUAAAUUAUGCAUGUUGGACUAAAUUCUUUAUGAUGACUAUUUAGACAAGCAUAUGACUGACAUAUGCAAUGGAGAUAAUAUUGAAAUCUGAUUAGAAUUUAAUACUUCAAAAAUGGACAACACAUUUUGCACAAUGUGAAACUAAAAAUUACCUCCCUAAAGUACCAACUUGAUAAAAUUCAGAAAAGGUGCUACACUUAAUACAUUAAAACAAAAUUUCUGGUAGAAAAGUUGCCCGCCUUCGUUCCGUGUCGAAGGAUCGAAAGAAAAAAAAAAUAGUAAAACCAAAAUGUAUAAUAUUAAACAUUGUAAAACGUUUUAUAUUUAUAAUUUAAUUAAACUAUAUUGUACCAAACAAUUCAACUUAUCUAAAAUUCUAUAUGUGCAUAAUGUGACUAUAUCCUGGUGAUCCAUAAUGGUGAUCUUAUACAAGCAUAUGGUCUGAAAAUCUGUUUGAAAUAAUUAUUUAUUUCUGAUUAGUAUUUAAUAGUGAAUUUUGAUGUGUAUAAUUUAUUAUAGAAUAUUUUUAUACUAAAAGUAAAUUUGAAAUAUUAUAAAGUGGAUUGGUUUUCUCUAUCGUAUUUUCCGAUAAACAAUAUUUUCAUUACACAAAAUGUUUAUUUACUGUUUUCUGUUAUAGGUGCUCAAUUAUAAUCACCUCAUGCCAACUAGAUAUUCUGUACAAGAUGUAACAGUAGACAAGGUUUCACCUAAAGAUUUAAAAGAUCCAAUGAUUAAAAAGAAAUACCGUUUCCAAACCCGGGUUAAAUUUGAAGAAAAGUAAGAUUAUUUUUAUUUAUUAUUAAACCUAGUAAAAGAUAUUUUAUAUUAAAUUUAAAUCAAGUUAUAUAUUCCAAACAACAUAUUUUUGUAUGUUGUAUAACUUUUAUAUUUUAAAUAUUUCAUUUAUAUGAUAUACAGGGUAACUCAUUUAAUAAAAAAAAAUACUCAUUACUUCAAAAUUCAAGUAGCUCUCUAAGAUGUUACAUUACCAUUAUUUUUUGGAGUGAAAUGACUACCUACAUUUUUUAUCAAAAGGCAAUCGUAAGAAAAAAAAAGUUACCUAAAUAGAUAGAACAUUAAUUUAAACUUUAAAUAAAUGUUAUUGUUGAGAAUUUUGAUAUCUGUCAACCCUCUAACGAGAUAAUUACUUAAAUUUGGGUAGAGGAAGAAGUGGCGCUAUUAAAACACUAUGCUGCCACACAGCUAAUGCUCAACUACUUUCUCCUUACCCAAACUUAAAAAUUGAAUAUUUUGUCAACAGGUUGACAAAAAUGAAAAUACCCGGCAUUUAUUUAAACUAAUAGUAUUUAUGAAACUUUUAAUAUUGGCAACCAUUUGUAAUUAAAAAGUAGGAUGUUUCACUGCAAAUAUAAUGGUAAUGUAAAAUUUUAGAGCUUUUGGUUCCUUGAAAUGUCAAAAAAAAUUGAAAUAUUGUAAUAUAUAAAUUACAUAUUAUAUAUAAAAGACAGUGUGUUAGCGUAUCAAAGUAGCGCUAAUGUUUUGGCUAUGAAUUUAAAUUUCAUUUUUGGGAAGUGAUGGGGUACUGAAAUACAUGUUAAAUUUCAGUUUUUUCUGCAAAAUAUAAAUUACUUUUUAAUAGUAGCACUAAUUUUUGACACUAGAUUUGAAGUUUUAAAAAAAAAAAAAAAAAUAUAAGGAACUCAUUUUUAUCCUAAAAAUAACUUGAGAUAUAGGAUCUAUCUAAAAUUUGUUAAACAUAUAUUUUUUCAAAAAAAUUAACUUAUUCCAUUACCUAUGUGUUAUAUAUAUUAUUAUGUGUGUUGUCUAUUUUAUAUUGCCAAAUAAUUUUUUUCCCAUAAUAGUAGUCAUUCCUUUACUUUUGAAAUAAUUAAUUUUACAUUUGUUGACAAAUCAUAAUUUUUUAACCUCCUGAAAAUAGAAUUCAAUUCCUAAGUCAUCCAGCUAAAUUAUUUAGUGUUACUUGAAAACGUAAUCACACUGUAUAUCUUGAGGCUAAAUAAUUUUCAUAAAUUUUAAAUAUAUUCUCUUUAAAUCACUAUAUCAAUUGAACAAUUUGGCUUUAAUGUUACUCCAUGGCACCUAGGAAUCAUUACAAUAACUAAUCAAUAUUAUUUUUACUGAAUACAUGUUCUGGACAUUUUGCUUUUUGCUUCAAAUUGUAAUAUAUUAUAUGCAAUGUGUUACCAGCACAAUAACCUUAUUUAAAUUGUUUAAAAUAAUAUGCAUUUAUUCUCUGAAUAAAAUUCACAUGUAAAAUUUUGAUCGAAAUCCAUUUAAUUAGAUUUUCUCUUGCACAAGAUGAAUAUAAAAUUAAUUAUAACUUCAACAAUUAAACCGCUUAAAAUGCAAAUGUUGAUUAUAUAUAUUCACAUCUAAUAAAUAUCACAACCAUAAUAUUAACUCACCAUUUAAAAAUUGUAAAUCCUAUUGUACAUACAAAUUUAUGAGUUUAACACUAUUUAAAUUUAACUAAUUGUCAAUAUUUUUGUUUUUAGGUUCAAAUCUGGUAAAAACAAAUGGUUUUUCCAAAAGCUAAGGUUCUAGUUAACAUUAUGUAAGAUUUAUCUUUUUAUUGGAUAAUUAAAAAAAAAAAAAAAAGAAA